AUGGCUGUUACUAAUAAUUCAACGCCAACUAUAGAUUCAUUUAAUACAAUACAUGAAUUGACAUGGAAUGAAAUUCUAUAUGAUAAUGGUCUAGCAACACAUGUAGCACGAUCAUCAUUUCGUUGGUUAACAAUAUGUGUUUGUUUAAUUGGCAUUAUUGGAAAUAUGUUAGCUGUUUAUACAUUACUUCGUCGACGAAUGCGUACACUUUCAACGUAUACUUAUUUAACAGCAUUAUGUAUUUCUAAUAUAAUUACACAAAUAGCUGUAAUUAUUUUUGAAGUUGAAAUAUUUGUUCCACCAAAUCAUUUAAAUUGUUUUGUUGUUUCAAUUGCUAAAGCAUUUGCAUCAAGUACAUUUGGUUUAUCAACAUGGAUUACAGUAGGUUUUACUGUUGAUCGAUAUGUCAUGAUUUGUUUUCCAUUUAUUGGUAAACAUAAAUGUACUCGUCGUAAUGCAAUUUAUAUAAUAAUAAUUUGUCUUUGUUUUUCAAUAACUUAUUUAAUACCACAAUUAUUAGCUCAAAAAUGUGAUCCUAUUAUACAAUAUAAUUCAAGCGGAAUAAAUAAUACAGAUAAUUCAUCAUCGACAACAACUCAAAAUAAAGCAAUAUUAUCAAUCUAUUGGGUAACUAGUUUAAGUGAAAUGGGUAAAUCAUCAGCAUAUCGUUUAACAGUCACAUUAUUUUUUAACUGUCUACUUAUUCGUAUCGUACCAUUUCUAGUUAUAUUUCAAUUAAAUUUUCUUCUUAUAAAAACACUUGCACGUGCAAAACGACGACAUAGACAAAUAAAUCCAUUUGAAGAAAAUCGUAAUGAUGUGACAUAUAUGCUUGUAAUUGUUAUAUCAACUUAUCUUCUUUGUAUAAUACCAUCGAUACCAUUUGCUGCACUUUUUGCUUACAAUCCAACUCAAUAUAUUGAUAUUUCUUUACAAUAUCGAAUGUUUCAAUAUAUGGAUGAUCUUACACAAUUUUUAAUGAUUCUUAAUUCGGCAUUACAAUGUUAUUUAUAUAUAUUUUUUGGUAAACGUUUUCGUCGAGAAUUAUCAAGUUUUUUAUGUCAUGUAUGUAUCAAAUAUUUUUAUAUGAAAGUACCACAAUCUUAUUUUAAUCAUGAACGAGAACAAUUUAAUCAUGAUGUUUGGAAUCCUAAUGAUGCUUUUGAACUUGUACUUGAAGGUGAAUGGUCAACUACUAAAACACAAGAGACAUUAACUGGAUUAGAAUUUAGUUUUCAUUAUACAAGACGAGGUAGUCGUUUACAAUCAUCAGCAGGACUACAAACUCGUUCAGGAUCACUUGAUGAUGACAAAAGACUAAGCGUAGGUUUAAUAAAACCUAUUAAAAAAUCGUGUUAA